AUGCUUGCUUCCUUCCCGUCCAUCUAUAGCCCUCACAUCAGUCCGGUGUGCCUUCCGUUCGGGCCAGACCAAUAUGGGCAGAGAUGCUGGGCCACUGGCUGGGGGAAGGACGCUUGGGGCACCGGGGGAUCCUAUCAGAAUAUCCUCAAGGAGGUGGACGUUCCGCUGAUUCCCCAUCACGAGUGCGAACGAGCUCUACGGAACACCCGGCUGGGCUACGACUUCCAACUUCACCCAGGAUUCCUCUGCGCCGGAGGGGAGCAGGGCAAGGAUGCCUGCAAGGGAGACGGAGGAGGACCGCUAGUGUGUGAAGCUGGAAAUGGGAUCUAUCAACUGACAGGAGUGGUCAGUUGGGGCAUCGGCUGUGGUACACCUGGGGUACCAGGGGUGUACGUUAAGGUGUCACAAUACCUCCCUUGGAUCCAAUCCAUCACCCAGGGACCAUAUGGUGGCAAGAAGUAAGAAAGACAUAUUCAAGAGACAAAGAAAAAGCCCCAACACCUCAGGGAAAGUUGGACUGAUUAUGUGAUGAAGGGACUGAGCCCAGGAGGUUCUUUGUGUGGAUCUCGCGCAGAUCGACUAUUUUAUUUUUUUGUUGACUAUAUUUUUUGUGAAACUUCAGGAGACCCUGGAGUGAGUGUAUCGCAGCUUUGAUUGCGUUUUUCUGUAAGACCAGAAUGUUUCAUGAGAGGAUGUAUGUACAAUAAAUAAGUAUUCCAUGGUGAAAAAAAAAA